AACUUCCUCGUCAACUCACCACGCACACACACACACACACACACACGUACACACAAUUCAACAAAUCUCUCUCCUAAUCUUCCGUUGCAAAAACGUUUCACUAACCUCACCCACGAACUUCCAGGCGGUACCAGGAUGCACCUUGAGGAUUACCACGUGAACAGGAGCGAGGAGGACGUGCAACGAGCUGUCUCGAAGAGUAUCAAACAGGAAGACUUCAACACACUACACUUGGCGCCUAUCACUUCGAUAAGCGCCAGUAACCAGCAGCCAUGUUGGGUCACCUCUCACGCGGACAGCGUCUCCUCUCCCAUUCUACUCAACAAUUCCAGUCCCAGAGAGUACAGCGACUGGGAACAGCUGACAACGGUGUUCCAGUAUCCGUGUCAGCAAUAUUCCAACACGGACAGGUCACCGGGAAGCACUGGUAGCGAAGCAACCACGCCAACUUGGAACAAUGCUGUUCGCAGCGAAAUGUCCGACUGUUCCAACGGACAGAGACUUCCAUCCGUUGGUUCUGCGUUCUCCUUCUCGAGAACUUUUUGCAACACGGUGUACCCGGAGUAUCAGAACUACCAGGACUAUCAGGAGUAUCAGGAUGACGUGUCAGUGUCCUUGCCGCUUAUUCUUCACACACAGACGGAGGAUCAAGGAUUCACGGGGACCAUGCAAGCCGCCACGGACGAGUUCGAUCUCAGUUUGAUCAGAGGUGAUCCUACGUCGUUGUUGUGCAACGUGGAGUCUCCAUCGUCACCUUCGUCCACGUAUCUGGAGGAACUGCAGGAUCCGUUCUCGAAUUUGAACGGUUCGUGUUACGCUGUGGGACACUUGGUCUCUGCACAGCAAUCCUCGGUUCCCACGUUGAAUUUCGUUCACGAUACCGGGAUGAGCGAGGGAUUCGGGAACCAGGUUGUCUUGCCGAGGAACGAGGGAUUGUUGCUGACCGAUCGAAGGGUGCCGGUGUCCAAGGCUGCCGGGGACACGGAGAAACGGAGCAAAUCUUUCGACUGUUCUACGACAGACGACAACUUGACGUCGACGUAUCAGUGCCGAUGGAUAGAUUGCGGCUGCGCCUUCGCUGAACAGGAGGGCCUGGUUCGCCAUAUCGAGAGAAGACACGUUGAAUCCUCCUCUUCGAACGCGCACGGACAUGGAAGACGGGUACAGAGGGACAGGGACAAGGACAAGGACAAAGAUGGUGAUGGUUACGCGGGUUCCGGAAGUGGGCAGGACGAAUUUGCUUGCCUGUGGCAAGGAUGUCCGCGUGCGAGACCUUUCAACGCUAGAUACAAGCUGUUGAUUCAUAUGAGGGUCCACAGCGGGGAAAAACCGAAUAAGUGUCCGUUCACUGGCUGUAAAAAGGCAUUUUCGCGGCUGGAGAACUUGAAGAUCCAUCAAAGAUCUCACACAGGGGAGAGGCCAUACGCGUGUCAGCAUCGUGGUUGCUCGAAGGCGUUCAGCAACAGCAGCGAUCGCGCGAAACACCAAAGAACACAUUACGAUACGAAACCGUACGCCUGUCAAGUGACUGGUUGUGGGAAGAGGUACACGGACCCGUCGAGCCUCAGGAAACACGUGAAGAAUCAUUCAGAGCCAACGACACCACUGUCGAAUUUGUCGUUGUCGUCGGAGAAUAAAAUUUCCGGCAGCCUAGCCGGCAAUUCGAGUAACCUGUCGCGGCACGACUCGAUUUCUGCCAGUUCGAAGCAGCAACAGCAACAACAGGCGCAAACAACAAUCGCCUUCCCCACAGAAUCGAAUUAUCGGACGUAUAAGACUUCUGAGUCUUACGCGGACGAGGACGCGGACCUGUUCCAGACGAAUCUGUGUCAGGUCGAUAGGAUUUCCAUGAACCUUGACAGCAAUCAAGAGUACGUCCCGAUCGAGUCUGUGAAACGCUUUCUCAUAGACGACGUCAGCGGAUCGCACGUGGAUGGCACAGGGUACCAGGUCGAGGAUGAGGUUCCUGACUUCCAAGAGCUUGGCUCCGACAUCGAACAACAGUUUCUCGAAUUGAGCAGCUUGGACGACGCGGUUUUCAUCGACGGUUGAAG